ACAGUCAAUAGAAGAAGGGUAAGAAGUAGAAAAAAAGAAUCUUCUGGAUAUUCUUUUGGAUAUUUUUGUCUUGUUAAAAUUUAAAUAAUUCACCAUAGUUAAAUUUAAAUGUAGCACGUGUUACAAAAACAUUAUCAAAAAACGUGAAUUAGCUAACUCGCUUUCUAAAUAAUGUAUUGGUCAGCCAGGCAAGAAGUUUGAAAUGAGCAGACACGAGCCGGGCGUCGCGCGCACCAUGGCUCCUCAGGAGAUGCUCGUCGUUCGCCAACACAAUUCUUCUAUAAAUGCACAGAAAGCUCAAUUGACUUACAAAUUGUUCCUGCUGGAAAAAGCCCGAAACACGCUUGAUCAAGAACUUCGUAACUUCUCCAAAAAGGUUUAUGGAGAAGUCCAGCAUGCUCUGAAUUCGUCUUUACCUGCCAGUGUAUUCAGUGAUCUCACAAAAGCUUUAGAUCUAAUGCUGCAAAAUAUUCUGAAACUUUCAGAAAUGCUUAAAGAUCUAACAGUUGAUUCACCUGUCUGGCCUGUUUGUAAAAAUGGAAAGAGGUCCAAUAACCCUCAAACAUGUGGAACAAAGAGAAUGAAAGUGAGUCUCAUGCCAGUCGGCAUCCAGUUUGGGCUGAUGUUGAAAAAGUCCCUCAUUUCCAGGCCCAUGGCCAAUACGGUGCAGGUACUUGUUGCCUCUCUGUCCCAUCGCUGCAUGAAACCUUUUAGGCUACAACCAGCUCUCAUUCUGCACGACAGCAUCAACGAGGCGUCCGCUACAAGCUCCUCCCACCGAUCAAAGGAAGACAAAGAAACUGUUUUUGUGGAGAAAAGGAAAGCGGAGUCUGUCUGUGUUCCACCUGCUGUGGCUCAGAACCAUUUGAUCAGUGAAGAAAAGCCACAAGCACCGCUGCCUCCCUUACAAGCUUUGUUCUCAGAGAACAGUAACCCUAAACCACUAGUUAUCUGGGGACAAGGCAAUAAAGUCCAACACCAAAAACAAACAUCCUGCCAGCUGCUGCACUUCAUCAAAGCAAAAACUAAAAAAAAGGAUGCGCUUGAUUCCACCGUUUUUGGGAGGACUGAAGGAAGAAACGAGGCGAAGAAUUCAGAAAUUUCUCAGACAAUUUCGAUUUCAGCUACCUACAGAACGCAGAUCAAGCAGCUCCCAACAGGCCAGACCAGUGCUCUGGCCUCAGAGACUUUAGCCACAAACGCUGACAACCCAAACUCCGUCUUCAGUGUAAAAAGGGUUAACCCAAGCGGAAAUGUGGUUUACAGUUGUAUGAUUAUGACAGAAACGGAGUUGUGGGAUGUUGGGGAAAUCUGCACAGAGAUGAUGCAGAGUGAGACUUUGCACAACACCUCAGAGUACCAGGGCCUUCAAAAUACAUUCUCUGAGGCAACAAACUACACUGAAAACAUUGAUCGUGUUCCCCAAAACAUGCACCUUAGAGAACCUGAACUGGAGAACAGUUCUGCUCAUUCUCAAACACCAAUUCCCAACAAUGUGAGUAUUCCCGACUUUGAGAUCUGUCGAUUUGAAGAAGCGGAGGUCGUGGUGUCUCACAUUAGAAGUCCAAGUGCCUUCUACAUCCAACGUGCUGACUCCAAUGAGAAGCUGCAGGCUCUUGUCAAAUACAGCAGUGAAAUCAGCCCCUCAUACGCAGAGCAGAACUGCAUUCCAGACAUUGGUACCCUGGUAAUGGGCAGGUUCUGUGAAAAAGAUCAGUGGUUCAGAGCUCAGGUGAUAAAGAUCUGUGGAGUGAGCCCAGAUGAUGUUUCCAUAGAAGGUGCUGGAUAUAAAUCAUCAGUCAAGGUGGAUGUGAAGAGAUUAGACUUCGGAGACACCUGUUGUCUGUCCCUCUUGAAUCUAACGGUCCUUCCUGCAGAAGCAGCAGCUCUACCGCUUCAGGCUCUACAGGUUUCCCUGGCGAAUGUAAUGCCCAUUAAUGGAAUAGAUUGGUCUGACGAGGCAGUGGGUUGGUUCAAAACCAUGACGCAUAACAGAACGCUCUAUGCCAGACUUUACCCACAGAAACACACCGUUACAGUGGAGCUGUUCCUGGAAAAGGGAAAGAUGGGAGGGAUGAGGAGAGGUGCACCUCUGUCUAUGAGGCUGGCCCAGAAUGGCCAUGCAAGACAUACCCAACACCAGUAUACUGACCUGGUGAGAAAAAGAGCUGUUGAAGUUAAAGCUCGAAAACAGCACUCCGACUGGGAGAAGUACGUCAUCUCCUGCUACAUCCAGCCUAAGAAGUAGUUAAGAAAACGGGGAAGAAACCCAAAUCAGCCUUUCAGCCUGUCUACUCAUUAGUUUGAAGCUGACUUUAGUCAACCUGCUGUUAAAGUGAAUGUUAGUUUAAGUGUUGUUGUUUGCUUCACUUUUAAUAGCCAGGUCCACAACACGCUGGCUUACGCUCAACUGAACUUCCACGUUCACCAGAACCUUCUUCCAUUGAAUUCAUCUGACAAAUACACAUAAGAUGCAACAACACAUCUGCUAACUAAGUCUUUGCAAGUUCUUUGGAACUUUGUUGUGUUUUUUUCUUUUUGGUAAAAAUGUAUGCAUAUAUAUGUAAAAUGUCUGAAUAUUAUUUAGAGUUUGGUGUAUUACUGUUAGGAAAUGUUGAUUCCUGUGAAAGGAAAUAAGGUUAAUUUAGUUAUAUUGAUCAUCAAAGUUGUAAUUUUGGAUUUUCUGUUUUAUUGUAGCAUACUGUCUUAAAAAAAUAAAUCUAGGAGUGUUUGCCUGUUUAAGUUUAAUAGUUUUCCUUUUAACAACUCCAUCCUUCUGUUUAAAAAAUAAAUGUUUAUGAUUCUUUACCCUGCA